CAACAAGGAAUUCACUUUACCGUUGCAGCAUGCUUUCCCACGGAGUGCUGGGCUCGCUGCUCCUCGCCAGCUUUGCGAUUGGACUAUCUUCUGCUGUGACGAAUGAAUUUCGUACCUACUUCAAUGGAAUUGGAAAUGCCCAUGCAUUGACAAACGAGCAGCAAAUGAAUAUUAAGAACCUAAGGACAGGGACAAAUGGACACGUGCAUCUCCACCAAGACUGCAAGGCAAUAAACCGUUUUGCAAAGAAGGAAAAUGGCAUCUAUGUCAUCAAACCCAAAGCCAGUCCACCAGUGUUGGUAUACUGCGACAUGAAAACUGAAGGUGGCGGCUGGAUCCUCCUGCAAAGGGUCAAGAAAGGCAGCAGCGAAUUUUCCUCCAAAAAGUGGGUCGACUACAAAACUACCUUUGGCAAUAUAGAAGACAACUACUGGCUUGGAAACGAACACAUGCACGCCAUCACGAAGCAUCAGCGAUUUGAAGUGAAAUUUAUCAUUCAGAACGGUACAGAAUUUGUGCAUGUUGAUUACUCCAGCUUUAAUAUUGACGGGAAGGAAAAUAACUAUGCACUAAGACUAGGUUAUCCCCUCAACUAUUCUGAAUAUCAUGAAGCGUUGACUGAAGAGGAUAACAUGAUGUUUUCCACUGAAGAUAAUGACAAUGACAGAGAUGCCAACAACAAUUGUGCAAAGAUGCAAGGGGCUGGGUGGUGGUUUAAUAAAUGUUCAUCUGCUAUGUUCUUUGGGCAACGCAUUAAAUGGCCCAAAAUUUGUGACGAUUGUGAUUCUGCUGCCAUUCUCAUUAAACCCACUACCGAAAAUUGCGUUAGUAAACAUAAUUAAGUUGCUUAACAAAUAAUGUUGUUGAAUGGAGAACUGAGAAACGUUUGAUUUGCUCUUGUCGGUAAUAACCAUGUACGCUGUAGUAUAGAAAUAAAAUCUUCAAAGCGAUAAAAAACCUUGUUUCUGUUUGA